AUGACACCCAGAAAGAAGUUACAGGGUCUUGUAGCUGCUACAAUCACUCCUAUGACUCCUGAUGGACAAGUUAACCUUCCGGUGAUUCACCAGUAUGUAGAUUAUCUGGUAAGCGAGCAGAACGUGAAAAACAUCUUUGUGAACGGCACAACAGGAGAAGGACUGUCCCUUAGCGUCCAGGAGAGGAAGCAGUUGGCAGAAGAAUGGGUGUGCCAAGGAAAAGACAAACUGGAUCAUGUGAUCGUUCAUGUGGGAGCACUAAGUCUGCCAGAGUCCCAAGAGCUGGCAAGACACGCAGCAUCCAUAGGUGCUAGUGCUAUUGCUGUAAUAACCCCCUUCUUCUUCAAGCCCACAAACAAAGAUGAGCUGAUUGCUUUCUUACAGAAGGUCGCAUCUGAAGCCCCUACGGUUCCAUUUUAUUACUACCACAUUCCUCCUCUGACGGGUGUGAAGAUUCGUGUUGAAGAGUUGCUGGAUGGAAUAAAAGAGCAGAUCCCCACCUUCCAGGGUGUGAAGUUCAGUGACAUGGACCUCUUGGACCUUGCACAGUGUAUAAACAAGAAUGAGAGAGAAGAGUUUGCAUUUCUUUAUGGAGUGGAUGAGCAACUGUUGAGUGCACUGGCAGUAGGGGCAGAUGGAGCAGUGGGAAGUACAUACAACUAUUUGGGCCGAAAGACCAAUCUGAUGUUGCAAGCCUUUGCAAAGGCAGACCUUGCAUUAGCACGGAAAUACCAGUUUCUCACUGGGGAAUUUCUCAACUUUGUCUUCAAGCUAGGAUUUGGUGUUGCACAGACUAAAGCUGUAAUGUCUUUUGUUUCUGGCAUUCCCAUGGGACCUCCACGGCUCCCACUUGUCGACGCCUCCAAGGAGUUCAUUGUUAAGGCCAAAGCCAAGCUGGACAGCAUUGUGUGGCCUGAUGGCGACUGAUGUUUACUUCCAUGUUGAUCUGGAAGUCGAAGCUCCUUUUCUGGGAUUUGGUGUCACUUGGGAUGGUCCCCAUGUGCUGGGCUGG